AUGAAGAAGAUACAGGAUAAAGUCGACCUAGAAGCACAGAGAAAGAAUUCAACUACAAUUGGUGAAGGAAUGAAAUUGACAACUGAGAAAGUGGGAAGAGAGGCAUCUCUGAGAGUAGAUCUGAAAAGUAAGGGCCAAAUUUAUGGUCAACAGAGCAAUCAAAAGGAAUCCGCAGUGAGCCAAAGAUCUGAGGAGGAUAAUGGACAGGAGCCAAUGAUCAGGAAUGCAAAUGUAGGAAAAGUAAUUGAGGAAUUGAGAGAAGUGAUCAGGAAGCCAAAUGAUAAGGGGAAAUUGGUCAAGCAACAAUUAGAAAAUCAGACUAAACCUCUACCUCAAACAGUUACAAGGAAGAUUCAGAUAAGCAGUGAAAUUGAAAGAAAACAAGAGUUAUCGUUUAAUAUGAUUACGGCACGAAGAAAAUCCCAUGUUGAAAUAGGUGAGAGUCGUGAGCAGCAGGAGAUUGAUGAACCCUGGAUUAUUAUUGGGGAUUUUAAUACUUUGUUGCAUGAAAAGGAAAAGCUGAAAGGUAGAGCAGUCCAAAUGACUGAUAUUGAAUACUUUAAAAUGAUUUUAGAGAAUUGCCAGCUUCAGGUUAUGAGGCAAGUUUAG